UAUUUUAAUGAUCAGUAGAAGAACUGUGGUUUAUACUGUAGCUCACAUCCAGGCGGAGUGGAUAUUUACUGUUACAGCCAUCCCAGGACUGAACUAGGGACUUAUCCUGCUUUUGUACUUUUGGUUAAAAAAACAAAAACAACUAGAUCUGACAGCUGGAGUUUAGUGCCCCAGAAGACACAGUCACAGAAUCCGAUCACUACCAAAGUCCAUACAGCCUUAAAUACUGCACCAUGGCUCAGUAUGAUCAACUUGAGGAUAAGGACUCUCUGGAUAUCCAUGAUAACCCACCAGUACCUGAUAAUGUGGUCAAGGAGGAUGACAACACUGUAUAUUUUGUCUAUGAUGAAGAGGUAGAGGAAGAAGAGGCCCCCCCUCCCCCGACUCCUGAGCCUGUGAUCCAAGUGAAUGACAGGCCACAUAAGUUCAAGGAUCACUACUGCAAGAAACCCAAGUUCUGCGAUGUCUGUGCUCGAAUGAUUGUCCUCAAUAACAAAUUUGCCCUGCGCUGCAAGAACUGCAAGACCAAUAUUCAUCAUGCAUGCCAAUCCUAUGUGGAGUUCCAGAGAUGCUUUGGCAAAAUACCUCCAGGUUUCAGACGGGCAUACAGCUCGCCUUUGUAUGAUCAGGAGAUAAAUAACCCUGGCCAGCAAAAUCGCUCCGACCCUGUUUUCGAUACUCUGCGAACUGGAGUUAUCAUGGCAAAUAAGGAGAGAAAGAAAAACUCAGAUGAUAAAAAGAAUAUGAUGAUGAUGAUGGAAGAAGAAGAGGCUCAGCAGCCCAAAGAGGGUGAAGAGGGGGGAGAAGGAAAGCAGGAUGCAGAUAAAAAAGACAAGACGGCUGCAGAUGACAAGAAUAAAAAACAGCAGCAGACCUUUAGUCAGACUCACUACUACCUGGCUUUGUAUCGUUUCAAAGCAAUUGAAAAGGAUGACCUGGACUUCCAUCCUGGCGAUCGCAUUACAGUGAUUGAUGAUUCUAAUGAAGAAUGGUGGAGGGGUAAGAUUGGAGAGAAAACAGGUUACCUUCCCAUGACUUACAUCAUCAGGGUGCGUGCAGCAGAGAGAGUGUAUAAGGUGACACGCUCCUUCGUGGGGAACAGAGAGAUGGGUCAGAUCACACUAAAGAAAGACCAGAUAGUGGUGAAGAAAGGAGAGGAGGUGAAUGGCUAUCUCAAAGUCAGUACAGGCCGUAAACUCGGCUUCUUCCCCGCUGAUCUACUACAGGAGAUCUAAAUGACAACAUGGCACCAGUACAGGACCAGUGUGCCUACAUCAGGAACUAAUGAAAACAAAUACAAUGUAUUUUAGCCUCACAAAUAUAUAGAAAUACAGGUAAUUAUAACCGUGUAUUACUGUCUACUGGAUGUAGACAUGGAAAUAAUCUAAAAACCAUUGUUCCGUGGAACGAACACACACACACACACACACACACACACACACCAAUUAUACAGUAUCUAAAAGACAAUUAAUCACAGUUUACAAUAAAAUGGAAAAGAAAUACACAAUCAAACCACAAACUGCCUUGUGCAUAAACUUGCAGAAAUUUCUUAGGUACACAAAAGUGCACAUUUAUAAGGUUUGCAGAUUUGCAGUUGGUUGUUUCAGAGGUCUUGGAGAACUUCCUCAUAAAUACUUUGGUUCAUGCUUUUGUCUCUGCAGGGAAAAAAGGGUCCUUUAUUUUUUUUAAAUAAUGUUUGGAACACUAUUGCUCAAUGCAUAUAAAAUAAAUGUUUAUAUACAGGAUACAAUACUGUGCAGUGGCUCAUGUUACUAAUGUUUGUAUAGAAGUAUACACUUUUGUAUUGUAAUAAUACACUUUAUUACACAAUAUAUUUUUCAUUUUCUAAACUGAAGUAAAUAAAUGAUGUGCAGAGAAACUGAAAGCAAUUAUGAAUUAUUCUCAAAUGCAUAAUUCAUAUAUUAUUUAAAAUAAGUUUUUUUUAUUUCCAAAUAAUCACUAUUUGAGGGGAAAUAAUAGUAGAUAACAUGUUGUGAAUGUCCAUUUUAACUAGAUUUUACGUAUUUAAACACUCUCAUGACGUUCUGUAUAUGUCUGGUGUAUCGAUUGAGCAUUUUCAGGGCCUGAGGCAUUAAAAUCCUGAAGAUUUUUGAGAACAAUGUCACAAAAAAUAAAUAAUCCUGGCAGCUUAUCUGCGUAGUUUCAUAUACUAUUCAGAUCAAUUUUCAACUUCUAAAUAAAGCAGCUAUU